GGGAGGCCCAGGGACGGGAUCGUGCGGGACCCGGGCGCGGUGCCCGCGGUGGGGAGGAGGGCGGGUGCGGUGUGUGAGCAGCCCGCUGUUGGGACGGAGCUGGCAGGCGGCCGGGGCUCAGCGGGCAGCCGGGCUCAGCGCCGCAGACCUGCAUCCUCCCCGUCCCGCUGUCUCCUCCCAGCUGUGGGCUUGCGAGGAGUGGCGGCUGGAGGGGGAUAUAAAGGCAGGGGAACCUCAGCCAGCCCAAAGAAACUCCUGGAGCUCCUGUGUUCUCCCUCCCUCCCUUCACGUGAUUCAGCCUCCCCCAGCCGAGCACAAGCCUCCCUGUGUGCGAUGGCUGCCAGCCGCUGCCUCCUGCUCCUCCUGCCCUGGCUGGUGGUGGCCCCUCACAGCCCCCCUGGCUGCAAGAUCCGGAUCACGUCUGCGGGGCUGGAGCUGGUGAAGCAGGAGGGGCUGCGCUUCGUGGAGCAGGAGCUGCAGAACAUCACCGUGUCGGACCUGCAUGGGAAGGAGGGGCCGUUCCACUACAACAUCAGCCAGGUCAGGGUGAUGGACCUGCAGCUGGCAUUGUCCGACCUGCACUUCCAGCCCCAGCAGCACCUCGCCUUCGACAUCAACAACGCCUCCAUCAGCCUGCGCUUCCGCCGGCAGCUGCUCUACUGGUUCUUCUAUGACAUCGGGUCCAUCAACGCCUCUGCAGAUGGUGUCCACAUCCACACGGUGCUGCAGCUGGCCAAGGACGGGGCUGGGCGUCUGAAGAUCUCUAACAUCACCUGCAAUGCCUCCAUUGCCAGAAUGCACGCGGGCUUUUCGGGCACGCUUAGGAAGGUCUAUGAGUUCCUGAGCACCUUCAUCAUCUCAGGGAUGCGCUUCCUCCUCAGCCAGCAGAUCUGCCCAUCCUUGGAGCACGCCAGCCUGGUGCUACUCAACUCCCUGCUGGACACGGUGCCGGUGAGGAGCGAUGUGGAUGAACACAUUGGGAUUGACUACUCCCUCCUGCGGGAUCCAGCUGUCUCCACAGACACCCUCGACCUGGACUUCAAGGGCAUGUUCUUCCCCCGUGCAAGAGAGGACCAGGAGCUGGAGAACCACGCGGUGGAGCCGGUGAUCAAGGAGACCGAGCGCAUGGUCUACGUCGCCUUCUCCGAAUACUUCUUCGACUCAGCCAUGCAUGCCUACUUCCAGGCAGGUGUGCUGGCCAUAGAGCUCCAGGGCGAGAAGGUGCCCAAGGAUCUGGAGGUUUUGCUCAGAGCCACCUUCUUUGGGACCAUCUUCAUGCAGAGCCCAGCCGUGGAUGCUCCCCUGCGGCUGGUGCUGCAGGCAUCAGCUCCCCCCCGCUGCAUCAUCAAACCCUCGGGCACCUCCGUCUCUGUCUCUGCCUUCCUCAACAUCUCGCUGGUGCCACCAGGUCGUCCUGCAGUCCAGCUCUCCAGCAUGGCCAUGGAGACCAAGCUGAGCGCCAAGGUGUUCCUGCAGGGGAAGGCGCUGCGUGUGCAGCUGGACCUGCGGCGGUUCCGCAUCUACUCCAAGCAGUCGGCACUGGAGUCACUGGCGCUGUUCUCGCUGCAGGCGCCCCUGAAGACACUGCUGCAGUUGACCAUCAUGCCCAUCAUUAAUGAGAGGACUAAAAAGGGGGUGCAGAUCCCACUGCCAGAGGGCAUGGACUUCACCAAGGAGGUGGUCACCAACCACGCGGGAUUCCUCACGGUGGGAGCUGAUCUCCACUUCUCCAAGGGGCUGCGGGAGGUGAUUGAGAAAUACCGCCCAGCCCCCACUGCCCCAGCUGAGCCCAGCACACAGCCCAGCGCAGAGCCCAGCCCAGAGCCCAGCGAGGGCCCCCGCCAGCUUUAACUCUUCUCCCCAUGUGUUCCUGGACCGAGGGCAGAGCCCGGGCUGGACCCGUGAGCUGUAGGUAGGAAGCAGCUUCCCCGGUACUGCUGGCGAGGGCCCUGUGCCCAGGGAGUGGCAGCACGGUGGAGACGGCUGCUCUGGGAAGCCCUGCUGCAUCUUCUCCUUAUACCAAUAAACCACUUCACCCCAA